AUCAUAUGACUAUUUUCGUCACGUCUAGUUCUCGCUAUUGAUUCUUGUCUUGGUCUCGAUUCUCGCUCGACAUAGUUUUUGUGUGUAUCAUCUGAAAUGGCGAGUCAGACACAGGGGAUCCAGCAAUUGUUGGCUGCUGAGAAACGCGCAGCAGAAAAAGUCUCUGAGGCCAGGAAGCGAAAAGCAAAACGUCUAAAGCAGGCUAAGGAAGAGGCUCAGGAUGAGGUGGAGAAGUACAGACAGGAGCGGGAGAGGCAGUUUAAAGAUUUCGAAGCCAAGCACAUGGGCACAAGGGAGGGAGUCGCCGCCAAAAUUGAUGCUGAGACCAGAGUGAAAAUCGAUGAGAUGAACAAAUUGGUCCAGAUGCAACAGGAAACGGUGAUCACAGACAUCCUGAAUCUUGUGUACGACAUCAAGCCGGAACUUCACGUCAACUACCGCUUAGAAUAAGCGAAACACAAUAAUAAUUAAUGUUACUUCUUUCGCUUUUAAAACCGUCGCGAACCUAGUUGUCACUGUUAUAAUUAAUUAAUAGCCACUUUUGGCGUGCGUCAAAUUUCGCGCCAAACAAAAUGGCUGUCGUAUGCUGUAUAUACAGAUAGCUUAAAGCCAUUUAAUAUUUAUUAUCCUAAACAUUUAAUUAUAAUCAGCUCGAUAUCAUUCCAUUUGUGACCUUGGAGGAUCCGCUUACGAACACAAAAAAAAUAAAUAUAUAUUAUUAAAUUGUAUGUUAUUCAAUGUUAUAUGUUGAAUAGAAAUAUAUGGAGUUUUAAAAUUAAUAUUAAUGUUUUUAUUUUUGCGUGUUACAUUUAGUCUCAAUUGCUUGUACAGUAUUAGAAGAAAUAUAUUAAUAAACUGA